AUGGAGGAGGACAUCACCCAAAGGCGGUGCAACCUUAACCUUACUGAAGAAGAGCAACAAGAGUUCCACCUCCAAGAGGAUGCUGUCAUGGCUACUAAGCUCAGAGGCAAUCACUGCCUCCUGGCUAUGGUUUUCAAUGAUCGAUAUGCUAACAGUGAGGCAUUCAAGUCCACCAUGUCAAAAGUGUGGAACAUAGAAGGCUGGUUAUCCUUCAGGGACUUAGGGUCCAACAAGUUCCUACUCGAGUUCGAGCUUAAUUCUGAUAAAGAGACGGUCCUACAGGGAAGGCCUUGGUCCUUUGAUCGACACCUGAUUAGUCUUAAGGAGUUUGAAGGAGUUUUGACUCCAAAUGAGGUGCAGUUCAACACAGAACUCUUCUGGGUACAGAUACAUAAUUUACCUUUCGCAGGGAUGAAUGAGAUGGUGGGGAGGAGGAUAGGAGAAACCAUAAGAAGGGUGCACUUAGUAGAGGUGGAUGAUUAG